AUGGCUGUGGUGAAAGAACGUAGAGCUUCUAUGGCUGAACGUAAACCUUCAUUUAUCGGUAAAGAAUCGCCAAUGAUUAUACCUCAUCUGGCUGGGAUGGAGGAUCCACUCCCAGAGAAGACUCCUGAAGAGGUGGAUGUAGUGAUUGUAGGAACAGGCUUGAUACAAAGUAUAUUAGCAGCAGCUUUAUCCUGGCAAGGUUCUCAUGUUUUGCAUAUUGAUAAAAAUGAAUAUUAUGGGGAUACCACACCAACUCUAACCAUUGAACAACUGACGCAAUGGGUCCGCAAUGUUAAUAAGGGACUAAUACCAUUUUACACUAAUGCCCAAAUAUAUGUAUCUUCCGAUAAAAUUGGCAAAAAUUACGCGUCAAGAGAUUUUGGAAUUGAUUUGGUGCCUAAAGUAUUAUUUGCCCAAUCCGACAUGUUGACGUUGUUAGUUAAAAGCAGAGUUUAUCAAUAUAUGGAAUUUAUGCCAUUAUCCAACUUCCAUACUUUUGAGAAUGAUUCCUUUGAAAAAUUAACAAACACUAAACAAGAAAUAUUUACAGACCAAACAAUUCCGUUAAUGACUAAAAGAAAUUUAAUGAGAUUUUUAAAAUUUGUACUGAAUUGGGAAAACUAUCCAGAAAUAUGGGAGGGUUAUUCAAAUAAGUCUAUGGCUGAAUUUCUAUCAGAAAAAUUUAAAUUAAAUCAAACACAAAGUAGUGAAUUGAUUUUUAGUAUUGGCUUAUGUUAUAAUAACGAUGUAGCCACACCCCAAUGUCUCCAGAGAAUACGUCGUUAUUUGGCAAGUUUUGAUAUAUAUGGUGCAUUCCCAGUUCUUUUCAGUAAAUACGGCAGUGCUGGCGAAAUAUCACAAGGUUUUUGCAGAUCUGCAGCUGUUGGUGGUGCUACAUAUAAACUAAAUACUGCUUUGGAAAGUUACGAUCCAACAACCAAAAUAGUCAAAUUUUCAGAUGGAAGUAAGGUGCAUGUUAGCGAAAGAGUUGUGGUAUCACCAACACAAACACCAGAUCCCAAAAGUAAAAAUAUCCCGAAACAAAAUUAUAAGAUACAUAGAUUGGUUGUUGCAAUAGAGAAAGAUUGCAAACAAUGGUUUGGUGAACAGGAAUCUGCUACUGUAGUUGUGUUUCCACCCGGUUCUCUAAAUGGAGAAAAUUUUGAAGCCGUACAAGCAAUUAUAUUUGGAUCCAAUAGUGAAAUUUGUCCUCAGGGAACAAGCUUAUGGUAUCUAACAAGUGUCGAAAAGGGUGAAAACGGUAAGAGGCUGCUAGAUCUAGCUUUAAAAACAAUGUUAAAAAGUAUUUCAAGAGAGAGUAUUGAAGUAGAUGACAAUGUUGUUAAGUUUGAUAAUAAAACAGGUUCUCCAGUCAUUAAUGAAAAAUAUUUGAAGGAAGAGUUGAACGAACUUGUGGAACCUAAAAUUUUAAUGAAAUGUUAUUUUGAACAGUACACAUCCACGUGUCCGUUUUCCAUCGCUCAGCCUGAGAUAUUUAAGACACAGAAAAAAGAUACAACAGAUGAUACUACCAAUGGUAAUAAAGAUAACGGUGUGAUAUAUUCACCCAUGCCAUCUUCAGAGAUAUCCUAUGAUGGAGCUAUCACCGCUGCAAAAGUUUUAUAUGAAACGAUAGUUGGAAGUGAUGAUGAUUUCUUUGAUGUUGAUUUUGAGGAUGAGGAUAUUACUACUACUAAUAACAAUCGGAUGAGCUAUUCCGAAUCUGCCAUUACAGAUGAUGAAGGUGAAGAGGAUGAUAUUAUAAUGAAGAAUUAA